UUCGUGUCCUUCCCAAUUUACAUCUUGUAAUAGUACGUAUACUCAUCAUCAUCUUCUGAGUUAAGUUUUAAGCGAAGGCUCCACUUGCUGUUGCACAAACCAUGGACACAUUGAAAGUAACAAGCAUCAAAUCACUUGCUGAAUCCCCUGCCCUCAACUCAGUUCCUUCCACAUAUGCCUUCAACAUAAACCCCAACGAAGAAGCAGAUCCAAACGAUCCUGAAUUCGCAAUUCCCAUUGUUGAUAUGUCUCUUCUCACCUCGGGGUCUCCUGAUCAACGGUCAAAAAUCAUUCACGACCUCAUAAAAAUUUGUCAAGAAUGGGGCUUCUUCAUAGCCAUUAACCAUGGAGUGCCAGAGAGCCUCAUGAAGGCGAUGAUUGACGCUUGUCAUGGAUUUUUCACUCUUCCUGACAAGGAGAAGCAGGAGUUUAAAUCGGGUAACGAUGUGCUAGAGAUGUUCGAGUAUGGCACCAGCUUUAAUCCGGCCACGGAUAAAGUCCUCCUGUGGAGGGACUUCUUCAAGGUGAGAGUACAUCCAGAGUUCUACUCCCUCUACAAACCGAGUUGCUUCAGUGAGAUAUCAAGGGAGUUCAGCAAGAGAAGCCGAGAGGUUGCGUUGGAGAUAACAAGAGCAAUCUCAGAAAGCCUGGGAUUGGAGCCAAACUACAUAUACGACGCAAUGAACAUGGAUCGUGGCUUGCAAAUGCUGGCCGCCAACUACUACCCACCAUGCCCUCAGCCAGAACAUGCAAUUGGUAUACCUCAUCACACUGAUCAUGGCCUAAUCACUCUCCUCAUCCAGAAUGAGAUGAAUGGCCUCCAAGUUGAGCACAACGGGAAAUGGCUCACUGUCGAUGGCCCUACCAACGGUUUCUUUGUUAACCUUGCUGACCAGAUGCAGAUUCUUACUAACGGCAAAUACAAGAGUGUGAUGCAUCGGGCCACCUUGAACAACAAAGCUACACGAAUCUCUAUCGCCAUACCACAUGGACCAUCUGUGGAUACAAUUAUUGCCCCAGCUCCAGAGUUAAUGGAAAAAGAAGGUGAAGCUCCUAAAUACCUUGCAAUGAACUAUAAGGAAUAUAUACAACUUCAACGAAGUGGCAAGAUCUACAUGAAGUAUACCUUUGAUCACAUACGAGCCUAAGCAUUUUGCUUCAACGACACUUCAACUAUAAUGAAAGAGCUGCAGCAUCUUUUUUUUUUUUUUUUUGUCUUUUGUUUUUUCUUUCAAUAAUCGUGUCAUCUUCGUCCUGUAUUUUUAUUGGGGUUUUCUUGCAGUUGGACUAUGCUCCAACAAUUAAUGAUUAUUUAUGCUUGAUAAUCCCCAGGGCUUUCCACAUAUAAGCCUAUAUUUCUAGAAAUGGGGUUCAUUAUAAAUUUCUCUAAUCGCUCCUUGGAAUCCUUUUAGUUU